AUUUCACAUCCAAUGUGACCUACCGAUCCAAGGUGAAUAUGUUGGGUGAAAGGGAGCUUUAUUGGUCAUUGUCUUCUCCGGCUCCAUCAUCUUGAACUAGAGGCCCAAACAUGUUCUUGCCCUUUAUCUGAUAAUUUUCCGAAUUAUCGUGGAUGAUUCACGAAAACCCAAAUAACGAAUAACCUCCAACUAAACAAAGCGCAUUCAUCUCCCUCUCUUGCCUAAUACUUGGAACUUGAUUCAAUCAAUUUUGGUUCCUGCCAUGGCGAAACCAAUUUCAAUCCAAAUAUGGAAUCCCAGAGGGAAGUACAGAGUAGUUAGCACCAAGCCCAUGCCAGGCUCCAGAUGGAUCCGCCUCUUAACAGACCAUGAUUGCAGGCUCGAGAUUUGCACUGAGAAGAAAACCAUUUUAUCUGUGGAUGACAUACUCGCUCUCAUAGGCGACAAGUGCGAUGGAGUCAUCGGACAGUUGACCGAAGACUGGGGGGAGACACUGUUCUCUGCACUCAGCAGAGCAGGUGGAAGUGCGUUCAGUAACAUGGCGGUAGGCUUCAACAACGUUGACGUGAAGGCUGCUACAAAAUAUGGAGUUGCAGUGGGCAACACUCCUGGUGUUUUAACGGAGACCACCGCAGAAUUGGCGGCUGCUCUUUCACUUGCAGCUGCACGGAGAGUUGUAGAAGCCGACAUGUUUAUGAGGGCGGGUCUCUAUGAUGGAUGGCUGCCACAUUUGUUUGUGGGGAAUCUGCUCAAGGGACAGACUGUUGGGGUGAUUGGAGCGGGAAGGAUAGGGUCAGCAUACGCACGUAUGAUGAUUGAAGGCUUUAAGAUGAAUCUUAUAUACUACGAUCUCUAUCAGGCAACCCGACUAGAGAAAUUUGUAACAGACUAUGGGCAGUUUUUGCAAUCAAUUGGGGAGCAACUUGUGACAUGGAAGAGAGCUGCAACAAUGCAUGAUGUGCUUAGAGAGGCUGAUGUGAUAAGCCUUCAUCCCAUUUUGGAUAAAACCACCCACCAUCUUAUCAAUAAAGAUAGUCUGUCCAUCAUGAAAAAGGAAGCAAUCCUUGUUAAUGCAAGUAGGGGUCCCGUGAUAGAUGAGGCAGCACUUGUUGAGCAUUUGAAGGCAAAUCCCAUGUUUCGCGUUGGACUAGAUGUCUUUGAGGAAGAGCCCUUCAUGAAACCUGGUCUAGCAGAGCAGAAGAACACAGUCAUUGUCCCUCAUAUUGCUUCUGCUUCAAAGUGGACUCGAGAGGGAAUGGCUACCCUUGCUGCUCUUAAUGUCCUGGGGAAGAUCAAGGGCUACCCCUUGUGGUCUGAUCCAAAUCGAGUAGCACCUUUCUUAGAUGAAAAUUCUCAACCUCCAACUGCUUGUCCAAGCAUAGUGAAUGGGAAACAGCUAGGCCUGACUACCUCAAAGCUUUGAACGAUGGCUUUAUACGGGUGCAUGGUCAUACAUUUACCUUGGGAUAUAUGCAAAAAGAUGACCUUGACGUUGGUGAGGACUAAGCAGAACUUAUGGUGAUAUUAGAAGAUCGGAAUUAUAAGAUUGCUAUGCUCAUCUAAGAGUUUCACUUGUCAUACUUCAGUCUAUCCAAAUAAAUAUUAGUUUGUUCUUCUCAA